CCUGAACAACUUGCCCUGCCUACAUAUUGUUUAAUUAUUGCUAAGCCCUUAUAUGUUCCGUAUACAUAAUACAGCUUAGCUGAUACGAUCCGUAACAGCACGGGCUGUGCAGCUCUUUAAGAUAAUAAGAAUUAAGCUAUUUUAUUACCUAGCAUUCCACUGUGCAUAAUGAACCCUGUAAGCUACGAAUUGUGGCUGAAGUAGGCAAGUAAGCGCAGACCGCCACAAUUUAUAAGAAGCUGCGAAGCUAGGAACCACUUCCUUAUGAGUUACUUGGUUCUAUUAUCGGCGACAUGAAGCAGGAUUAAUUCGAUACCUACUUCUACGCACCAUUAUUGUGACCUUAGUCAAACCUCCCGUCCAAAUAUCAGACUCAUCCUAGUUUCCUUUACCACAUUCUGGGAAACUAUUCCGGGUGAUUGCUCCUGGUACCUGCACAGUGUAUUAGCCUUGAGGAUAGAGGAACUGCUUGGUGAUUUAUCGCUACCGCUAUCACAACCAGUACCAAGACUACAGCGACAAGAUGGACUACGAAGCUCUCAAGGAGCAAUGGAGCGAGGUUGAGGACCGCGAUGGUGUCCGUCUAAGCUGGAAUGUAUUCCCUAGUUCUCGAAUGGAGGCGUCUCGUCUCGUUGUUCCCAUCGGCGCUCUCUAUACUCCUCUCAAGGAGAAACCCGACACACCUCUACUACAGUUCGAGCCUGUCACCUGCAAGCAACCAUGCCGCUCCGUUUUGAAUCCAUUUUGCCAAGUCGAUGUUAGAGCACGUCUCUGGAUCUGCCCAUUUUGCUUAUCGAGGAAUCCCCUACCCCCCCAUUACAAAGACAUCACGCCCAAUGCUAUACCUCCGGAGCUCCACCCGUCCAACACGACGAUCGAGUAUAGACUUUCACGACCAGCCCAAAGCCCUCCCAUUUUCCUCUAUGUCGUUGAUACGUGCCAGGAGGAUGACAGUCUGUCCGCUCUUAAGGAGUCACUCAUCAUGAGUUUAAGUCUUCUCCCCGAGAACGCCUUGGUUGGAUUGAUCACCUACGGCACUAUGGCCCAAGUUCAUGAGAUUGGGUAUACUGAGUGUGCCAAGUCCUAUGUGUUCCGUGGUAGUAAGGAUUAUUCUGCUAAGCAGGUUCAAGAGAUGUUGGGUCUGCUCGCCCCUAGCUUGCGUCCUGGUAUGCCACAACAGCAACCAGGCCGGCCUAUGUUGCCCAUGGGGCCUGCCACUAGGUUUCUGUUGCCAGUGCAGCAGUGCGAAUUUCAGCUGACGAAGAUUCUUGAGCAAUUGCAGAAGGAUCCGUGGCCCGUUGCCAGCGAUCGGAGGAACCUUCGCUGUUCCGGUGUUGCUCUUAGCGUUGCCGUUGGCCUACUCGAAUCGUCCUUCCAAAACGCUGGUGGCAGGAUUAUGCUCUUCGCGGGCGGUCCCGCAACUGAAGGUCCUGGGAUGGUUGUUGGCCCUGAACUGCGGGAACCAAUUCGCUCUCAUCAUGACAUCGAUCGUGACAACAUCAAGUAUUACAAGAAAGCCCUAAAGUUCUACGACAAUCUGGCCAAGCGAACAGCUCAUAAUGGCCACAUAAUAGACAUUUUUGCUGGUUGCCUCGAUCAAGUUGGACUGCUCGAGAUGAAGGGGUUAUGCAACUCCACUGGUGGUCACAUGAUUCUGACGGAUAGUUUCACAUCGUCAAUGUUUAAGCAGUCUUUCAUCCGUGUCUUCGAGAAGGAUGGCGAUGACAAUCUUCUAAUGGGAUUUAACGCCGUCCUCGAGGUUUUGACCACCAAGGAGUUGAAGGUGACUGGGCUGAUUGGGCAUGCUGUAUCCUUGAACAAGAAAUCGACGUCGGUUGGUGAGACCGAGUGUGGAAUCGGCAAUACGUGCUCUUGGAAAAUGUGUGGCAUUGAUCCUAAUGCCAGUUACGGUAUAUAUUUCGAGAUCGCAAGUCAAGGUGGCCCUACACAACACCAGCAAGGUCAACAGAAGGGCAUGAUGCAAUUUUUGACGUACUAUCAACAUUCAUCUGGACAGUUCCACCUUCGUGUAACUACUAUCGCGAGGAACCUUAGCGGCCCGGCUGGAGAUCCUGCCAUCGCGCAGUCCUUUGACCAAGAAGCAGCUGCGGUACUCAUGUCGAGAAUUGCUGUGUUUAAGGCGGAAGUCGACGAUGGACCUGAUGUGCUUCGAUGGGUAGACCGUAUGCUUAUACGAUUAUGCUCGCGUUUCGCCGAUUACAGAAAAGACGACCCGUCAUCUUUCAGACUGGAGAAAAACUUCACUCUCUAUCCUCAGUUUAUGUUUCACCUCCGACGAAGUCAGUUUCUCCAAGUAUUUAAUAACUCGCCCGACGAGACCGCUUUCUACCGUCACGUGUUGAAUCAUGAAGACGUCAGCAACUCUCUCAUCAUGAUACAGCCAACUCUCGACUCGUAUACAUUCGAUCAGGAUGGUGGCCAACCAGUCUUGUUAGACUCGACCUCUAUCCAGCCAACCCAUAUCCUCUUGCUAGACACAUUCUUCCACAUCCUCAUUUUUCACGGUGAAACUAUAGCAGAAUGGAAAAAGGCUGGUUACCAAGAUCAAGAAGGCUAUGAGAACUUUGCUGCUCUACUUGAACAGCCGAAAGAGGAUGCAAGAGACCUCAUUGCCGACCGGUUUCCCCUUCCUCGCUUCAUCGUGUGCGAUGCUGGUGGCUCACAGGCGCGAUUUUUGCUUUCGAAACUUAACCCGUCGACGACACAUACUUCAGGUGCGUACGGCGGAGUUGGUGCGCAGACUGCACAGACCAUCUUCACGGAUGAUGUGUCCCUGCAAACCUUUAUGGAUCAUUUGAUGAAGCUGGCUGUGAGUGGGACGAAUUAGGCUCGUGGGAUCUGAAUGAUUUACCAGGAACCUCCACAGUCCUUACCCUGGGUCGUCUAGAGGGGAAAAUAGCAUGGGCGGGAUGACUUGUUGAAUCGUGGUUAGCUAAUAUGGAACAUGCAACGUUUGCUCUUUUAUGUGAAGCUGGCCGUUCCAUCGUAGAGCUUAGCUAAUAGACAAAAGUGGCGUGCCAUAAUAAUCUCGCCUUCCCUAAUCCACUAUAUCGAUAUCGCCCUUAAUAUCCAUGAAUAUGUUUAUAACUAAAUGGUACAUGUAGCAUGUAAUUACCCGGUUAUAAUCCGCGUUACUACUAUGUAUACAAUAGUUACAUA